AUGGCUGGCGAUACGACGCUCCUGGAACUGCAGCCGACAGGAUUCAGACUCCGGAAAACACACGAGAAAUCUAGGAACGGGUGCCUCAGAUGUAAACAACAGCGGAAGAAGUGCGAUGAGUUGAGACCGAGCUGCUCCAGAUGUACCAAGCGCAUGUAUACAUGUCGGUACCAGAACCCUUCCAGUGAUGGCAACUUGUCAAAGGAGCAGGGAUCGACUCAAAUCCCUGUUUCCAGUUUGCCUGUCUCCCCCACAAUCCCCAGUACUGCAGUUCCAAACUCUGCGUCGCCCUUAGCACUUUCAAGUGGUCACAGUCCUUUGUCUAGUGGACAACCUGCUUCCUUUUCAAGUCUGAGUACGGAUGAAGGAAGACCGCCCUUGGAUAGGCACACUCCUGGUACUCUUGAUUCGAUAGAACUCAGUCUCUUGAGCCACUACCUCACACACACCAGCCGAACUAUACCUGUCGACGAUCUCGAUCUCUACGCUCUUUCGGUAGGGGUGCCAAAUCUCGCUUUCAGUUCCGGCGUGGUCAUGUCAUCCUUGUUAGCCCUGGGAGCAGCCUGCAAGUCGCACGAUAUAGCCAAGCGAGCCCACGCGCUCCUGGACCCCCAGAGCCUAAUGGAUAUUCGAAAGCUACUUGCGCUUGCGGAGCGCCAUCACCAGGCUUCCCUACGGCACAUACAAGCGACCAUGCAGAACUCGGAUUCGUACGAUCACGUUCUUGCAAACGCAGCAUUGAUGGUCUUGUACGCCUCUGCUAGCCACUCCAUCCGAGUGCAUCUGGCGGCCGCUGCAAAAAAGUGUAGGCAGCGGCUGCCAAAUGAGUUGCUUCCGCAGCACUCGCAAUGGAUCUCGUUCACACGCGCGGCCCAUACAGCGUCAACUGCAAUUCUCAACGGUCUCGUGGCCGCCGCAGAGGGAAUUUGCACCGCCGCCUCCAGCCCGAUUCUUGAUGCACGAUCGAAAUUACCGAAUCCGGUUCUUUGUAGCACAGAUGGCUUAUCACCGGAGGAUGGUCCAUCCGAGAACACGAAGCGCAUAUUUCUGCCUCUGGUCGCCUCUACAUUCAAUCGAGCUCUUGAGAGUCUAUGCAGGAGAGCUGAAUUGACAACCGCUCUUUUGAAAAGCGUCACUUCGAUGGAGUCGCCGCAGAUACUCCGACGGAUCAUCAUGUCUUUUCUGAACAAGGCUCCGGCUGAGUAUCUUAAUCUCGUCCGGUCAGUGCUCGAUUCACCCUCCGCGGGGGCGAGGGCUGAGAAUUGGACGACACGAGACUCACCUGGGACGGAGGUACCGCUGCUCGACGCGACGCAUUUACUAGCAAUGGACAUCUUCGCCCAUUGGCUGGUCCUUGUUAUGUUACUGGAUGGCGUCUGGUGGAUUAGUGAUAUUGGAGAGUGGGAGCUUGGCCAGGUUGUAUCCUUAAUGAAGACUCAGGAUCUGCCGAGCCAGCCAGCAGAUAUUGGACAAACGUGGUGGCCCGAGACCAUGUACUCAGUUAAGCGGGAGCUCACUCCCAGUGCCCAGCACUGA